AUGAGCCUUCGCGACCUGGUCGAGGGCGAGGCGAUGUUAGAAGAUGAAGAAAACGAUGCGGGAGCGCCUGAUGACUACGAUGGCGAGGUUCAUCAGGGCGCAGGGACUGUCAAUCAUUAUAAUGACUCGAGCGAGGAAGAUGAUGAAGAAGAAGAUGACGAAGAAGCUGCUCGCGCGGUUCGAGAAGGCUUCAUUGUCGACGAGGACGAAGAGAUCGAGGAGCGUGCCCAUCGCAGACGUGAGAAGAAACGUUCACGCCCCCGUGAAGAGGAGCACCUCGACGAAGAAGAUCUGGAGCUUAUCGGCGAGCAUGUUCCUGGUCUGAAACGAGGAGCAGCUGCUGAGUCCAAAUACAAGCGCCUGAAGCGAGGCAAGGAUCGCGACCAACGCCAACCGUCCCAAGGCAUUGACGACAUCUUCAACUCCGAUGAAGAAGAGGAGGCACAGCAAUACGGCCGACCCGGCCAGCGCCGCGGCCUGCGCGACGAGAUGGAUGACUUCAUUGAAGAGGACACAUUCUCCGACGAGGAAGGGCAGAUGCAGCGCGACGAUAUUGAAGUUGCACCUCCAGUGAGGGCAGGCAUGCCUGGACUAGGCGCCACCGAAGCCGCGGGAUUGGACGAAAAUGCGCUUGAGGACAUGCGGGCUGCGUUUGGUGAUGGCACAGAAUACGACUUUGCCCUGCAACUGGAAGACCAAGAAGAUGAAGAGAAACAGGAUGAAGAGAGGCAUCUGGAUUUGAAAGAUGUGUUCGAGCCAUCCGAACUGGCCGAGCGGAUGUUGACCGAGGAGGACAACCAGAUCCGGCUCCUCGACGAACCCGAACGCCACCAGGUUGCCCGCCAGCCAUACCGACAUGUGACACUGUCUGAGGAUCAGUUCCGGGAGGAAGCGGUCUGGAUAUCAAAUCUGAUGUUGCUCAAGAAGCGCAUAGAGCCCGAGCUGCGCGAGCCGUUCCAGCGCUCGGUGGCCAAAAUGUUGGAGUUCUUGGUAACCGAUGACUGGGAGGUUCCUUUCAUUUUCCAGCAUCGCAAGGACUACAUGAUUCACGCUGUUAAGGAGCCGGCCGAUGGCGCCGACCCUGCUGAUGAAUCCGCCCAGUACAGUAUCCGCGCCGAGAAGCUCUUGAACAUGACGGACCUCUGGGACAUUUUCGACCACGAUCUCAAAUUCCGUGCCCUGGUUGAUAAGCGCAGUACGAUUCAGAAGACAUACGACAGCCUACAAAAUCUGUUCAAUGUGGACGAUGCCAAUGUGGAGGAGCUACUGACCGUAGCCGCAACCAUGGAAGAGCUACAGGACGUGCAAGACUAUAUGCAUUUCCAAUACUCCUCACAAUUGCGUGAUAUGUCCAUGGUGAACGGCGAAGCCAACGGAGAACCGCACCGACGAAAGGCGGCCGGCAAGUCCUUCUUUGAGCGAGUGCGAAACGGCAAGGCCUACGGUCUGGUGCGCGCCUUUGGCAUCACUGCGGAUGCUUUUGCACAGAAUGCGUCCAAGGAAGGGCGCCGGCAGUACACCGAGGAUCCUGGGGAUCGUCCAGAGGAACUGGCGGAUCAAUUUGUGGAUAACGACUUCUCCAACAGCUCACAUGUUCUGAAGGCUGCCAAGUCUACAUUCGCUGAAGAGCUCGUCUUGAGUCCCAAGAUGCGCAAGGUGAUUCGGCAGGCAUACUACAUGAAUGGGGUUGUCGAUUGUUUCCGCACGGAGAAAGGUCUACGCCGCAUCGAUGAGCAGCACCCCUACCAUGAAUUUAAGUAUCUGCGGAACCAGCAGCUCAGCGAUAUUGCCCGUCGCCCAGAAAUGUUCCUGCGAAUGCUGAAAGCCGAGGAAGAAGGGUUGGUGGACGUUCGAGUGCGUUUUGAGAAUUUCGAGCAAUUCCGCCAGCGCUUGUACUCGGACAUCGAGUCCGACAACUAUAGCGAACUUGCCGACGCGUGGAACCGCGUUCGCCGCGAUGUGCUGGAUCUGGCUCUCGGGAAGCUGGAGCGGCUAAUCAACCGCAGUGUGAAGGAAAACAUUCGCCAGGAAUGUGAGAACCAUGUGGCAAAGGAGUGCCGCGAAGCUUUCUCGCAGCGAUUGGACCAGGCCGCCUACAAACCCAAGGGGAUGGUGUUGGGCACGGUGCCACGGGUACUUGCUCUAUCUACGGGGUCCGGGACUGUGGGUCGAGAUCCCAUUCACUGGGCCUACACGGAAGAGGAUGGCCGCGUGCUGGAAAAUGGAAAGUUCACAGAUUUGUCGCUGGGAGACGAGACUCGUGGCAUUAGAGAUGGCGAGCAUGUGGCCGCCUUUGUUGAUCUGGUCGACCGGCGUCGACCCGAUGUCAUCGGUGUUUCCGGUAUGACACCAGAGACGCGCAGGCUCUACAAGCUUUUGUCCGAAAUCAUCGACCAGAAAGACCUACGCGGAGCCCCAUUCACAGAUGACCACGACGAAGAAAUUAGUGACCGCCUGGAGGUUGUCGUUGUCAAUGACGAGGUCGCCCGGCUGUACCACAAUAGUCCCCGAGCCAGGCGCGAUAACCCGGGAUUCGGGCCCCUAACCCAUUACUGCGUGGCUUUGGGCCGUUACUUGCAAAGUCCUCUCAAGGAGUACGCAUCGCUGGGUCGCGACAUCGUUUCCAUCCAGUUCAAGCCCGGCCAACAGCUGGUGUCGCAGGAGCUGCUUCUCAAGCAGCUCGAGACGGCCCUGGUGGAUAUGGUUAACCUCGUUGGCGUUGAUCUCAACGAAGCCGUGAGCGACACGGCGACGGCCAAUCUCUUGCCGUAUGUUUGUGGUCUUGGUCCCCGAAAGGCGGCGCACCUGCUCAAGAUUGUCAACAUGAAUGGAGGCGUUGUGAACAACCGUGUGGAGCUACUGGGUGUUAAUGCGCAGUACCCAGCUAUGGGAGUCAAAGUGUGGAACAACUGCGCCAGUUUUGUCUACAUUGAUUUCGAGAACGCCGAUCCGGAUGCCGACCCACUAGACAACACCCGUGUGCACCCCGAAGACUACGAUAUUGCCCGCAAGAUGGCCGCCGAUGCUCUGGAGCUGGACGAGGAGGACAUCAAAGCGGAGACAGAUGAAAACGGUUCCGGUGCGAUCGUGCGAAAGCUCUUCCGGGAAGAGGCACAGGAUCGUGUCAACGACUUGAUUCUGGAAGAAUAUGCGGAGCAGUUGGAGAAGAACCUCAACCAGCGCAAGCGCGCGACGCUGGAGACUAUUCGAGCGGAGUUGCAACAACCAUACGAGGAGCUGCGUAAGCAGUUUGUUUUCCUUAGCACGGAUGAUAUUUUCACCAUGCUCACUGGCGAAACCCUGGACUCGUUGACGCCUGGCAUGGUUGUCCCGAUUGCCAUCAAGCGAGUGUUCGAGGACCACAUUGAUGCCAAACUGGAUUGUGGCGUCGAUGCGCUGGUCGCCGAAACGGAGCUCGGAGUGCCCUACGACAUCCCCGUGCGCACAGCCUACGCAGUUCACCAGACCGUGCCAGCCAAGAUUCUCUUCCUCAACCGGAAGAGUUUCACUUGCAACGUGUCCCUGCGUGAAGACCAGGUCAGCCACCCGGCCCGCCCGAACCAGGACCACGGCUUCGGCGACUGGGAUGAUCUGCAAGAACGGAAAGAUCGGGAGUCCCUGCAGGAGAAGGAGCAGGGUGGUGGUCAGGCGAUGCGUGUCAUCAAACACCCGCUCUUCCGGCCGUUCAACUCUACGCAAGCUGAGGAGUUCCUUGGCUCCCAGAGCCGCGGCGACGUUGUCAUCCGUCCGUCCUCUCGGGGUCCGGAUCACCUGGCGGUCACCUGGAAGGUGGCUCAUGGUGUCUAUCAACAUAUCGACGUGCUCGAGUUGGACAAAGAAAAUGAGUUUUCCGUAGGCCGUGUGCUCAAGGUCGGCGGCCGCUACACCUACAGUGAUCUGGACGACCUGAUCGUCAACCAUGUGAAGGCGAUGGCGAAGAAGGUGGACGAGAUGAUGCUCAGCGAGAAGUAUCAAGACGGCAGCAAGGCUGAGACCGAUCAAUGGCUUGACACCUACACCAAGGCCAACCCCCGCCGCUCGGCUUAUGCGUUCUGCAUCAACUCCAAGUAUCCGGGCUAUUUCUAUCUUUGCUUCAAGGCCGGCGAGCACUCACGGCUCCAGAACUGGCCGGUCAAGGUGAUUCCACAGGGCUACGAGCUGCAAAAGAACCCGUACCCGGACAUGCAGGCCCUUUGCAACGGAUUCAAACUGAUGUUCACCAACAUGCAAGCCCGGAGCCGCAACUCCACCCGAGCGCAACGGGUGUACACAAUCCGCCACGUCGUGAGGCUCUGCCCACCUCACCAACCCGCAACCAUGGCGGCCAUGGAAGAGCUGGAGAUUCAUAGCAAGUCUUAUUUUGUGCGCUGGAUCAAUGUCAGCGCCAACCACACCAUCUCCUGGAGCAUCCAGCCACACAAGAAGUCCGUGAACUUUGGCAUCUUCAAGCAUCCAGGCCAGUCGACCGUGCUGAGCUCGCACCUGCCUUCCUCCGAUUCCCACAGCACCGAUUCCAACGAGAACCUGCCCGCCACAGCAUCCAACGCCAACUCGCGGAACAACACGCAAUCCUCGGUUACCGAGAAGCUGACGGCCAUUGGACUCAAGCCCAUUAAAUGGAUUGGCAAAUGCGAGGCCGACAAGAUCUCCCAAGGGACAUACGACGUGCAGGCCAACGAUGGAGGUAACUACGCGCUCGUCUUCGACAACACCUUCUCCAAGCAGAUCUCCAAGACCGUGACGCUCGUCCUCCUCGUCUAUCCGACCGGACUGCAACCUCAGGGUUCUGCCGCGAUUGCGACCUCGCGAUCGCAACCAGAGGGCUCGACUGACUCGCUGCCACAACCGGCGCGCGGACGGGGUAACAGUCGCGCCACGUUGAAUGCGCAGCAAUCGGACACCUCGGCUUCGUCCACCGUCCAUACGGGUCUGUUGCAGAAACGGCGACGCAAGCGGCACCAGGGAUGGGCACGCCGAUUCUUCUCGCUAGACUUCAUCUCGUGCACUUUGUCAUACUACCAUGAUCGCAACUCGUCUGCGCUGCGAGGCGCUAUUCCGCUCUCGCUCGCGGCUGUUGCGACGAACGAAAAGUCCCGCGAGAUCUCCAUCGAUUCAGGCACCGAGAUUUGGCACCUGCGCGCAAGCAGUGACCAAGAUUUCGUUGCAUGGAAGCGCGCUCUAGAGAAGGCCUCUUCCCAGGAGACCCCGGACCAGACCGAUGUUGCGCCCGUCGGUGCACCCGAGCUGCGGCUGUACACACCGUCGCAGCCCUCGCCCGCGGAAGAGCAUGAGUGGACGCAGGUCGAGAGCCUCGUGAGCCAGGUGUCUGGGUCGCGCGAUGCGGUGCGUCGCCUCGCCAGAGAUACAGACCCCAAAUAUCUGGCUGCUCCGCUGCCGUCCCCUCUGGAGCGACCUCGUGGCCGGUCUCCCAGCCCUCAUCCUGCGAAUGAGGCUCCCAGUGAGGAUGUGAAACGGCCGUUUUGGAAGCGCAAGACCAGCACGCAUUCAAAUUCUGGUCCCAAACGUCCUGCUCCGGUGACUUUCAACUCCAGCUCAUCCCAGCUGGCGGUCCCUGGUGCGGAGAGCAUAGGAAAACCUGCCAGCGUAGCUAGUAAUACUGAUCAUGCAGACGGGAUCCAUGAAAACUUGAUGGCCGUGUUACGCGACCUCGACAACGUGGUUUCCGAGUUCUCUACGCUGAUCUCCGAGAGUAAGCAGCGGCGCCAUCCUCCCCGAUUGACAGCGCAGUCCCGGGCAGCGCAAUCACGUCGCAGUAUGGAGUCCGAUGUGUCACAGGAAUUCUUUGACGCCAUGGACGGAGGUGUCGCAUCCCCGCUCUUGACGAUUCAAGAUAGCGACGAGGAAGAGGCGGAAGGAGACCGGGCGGGCGCUGUCGCAGAGAACGUAUCAGACGACGCACCCUCCGACAGUGACGAAGAGCCCGAUCCAGCGGCUCGUGUCAACAGUAGCAUCGCAUCGCCGCUGUUCCCUGCCCGGCCCAAGUCCCUGGCCCCCUUGCCUUUGGAUCCGGUGCGCCGUCGGGCGAAUAUUACCGCCCCGACGGUGCUACCACCGAGCUUGAUCGGGUUCCUGCGCAAGAAUGUCGGCAAGGAUCUGUCUCAGAUCUCGAUGCCCGUGUCGGCCAACGAGCCACUAUCUCUCUUGCAGCGUGCGGCUGAGAUCGUGGAGUACUCGUCGCUGUUGGAUAAAACCACCCAGGUUUCGGACAGCGCUGAGCGAUUGAUGUAUGUGACGGCGUUCGCCUUGUCCUCCUUGUCGAAUAACCGCGUACGGGAACGGGCGAUCCGCAAGCCUUUCAAUCCGAUGCUCGGCGAGACGUACGAGCUCGUUCGCGAAGACCAUGGAUUCCGCUUCAUCGCCGAGAAAGUCUCGCACCGGCCGGUCCAGCUGGCCUACCAGGCAGACAGCCGCGACUGGAGUCUGGCGCAAUCGCCCAUGCCCAGCCAGAAAUUCUGGGGCAAGUCCGCUGAGAUCACCACCGAGGGCCGCGUCCGCGUCAUCCUCCACGCCACUGGCGAGCGCUUCAGCUGGACACCCGCCAGCUCCUUCCUGCGCAACAUCAUUGCGGGCGAAAAAUAUGUCGAGCCGGUAGGUGAGCUCACGAUCACUAACGAGACCACGGGCCACCGCUCCAUCUCUACCUUCAAGGCCGGCGGCAUGUUCUCCGGCCGGAGCGAGGAAGUGUCCACUCGCACCGUCGACUCCUACAACCAGUCCUUGCCGUUGGGUCUGUCAGGCUCCUGGCCAACCUCGCUCACGCUCACCCGCAACGGCAACCCGACGGGCCAAACCCUCUGGACCGCCGGUUCGCUCGUCCCCAGUGCCCCCAAGCACUACGGCCUGACUUCCUUCGCGGCCGCCCUCAACGAAAUCACUCCCAUCGAACAGAAUCGUCUGCCUGCGACAGACUCGCGUCUCCGUCCCGACCAGCGCGCCCUCGAAGACGGCGACCUCGACCGCGCCGAGGAGGUCAAGGUCCAGCUGGAGGAGGGCCAGCGCGCCCGCCGCCGCGAGAUGGAGGUCAACGGCGAAUCCUGGACCCCGCGCUGGUUUACGCGGGCCAGUGACGAGUCGGAUGGCGAGAGUGUGUGGCGUCUGAAGGGCGGCAAAGAUGGCUAUUGGGAUGAGCGUGCCCGCGGCAGCUGGACCGGGGUGGUGCCGGUUUUUGAAAAUGACGACUAG